GGGUCUGGGUCCGGCUCCGAGUGCGCGGGAAGAGGGACGGCCCGGGACACGGUGGGAACGAACUAAUCGCCAGCCCGCUAUGUCCAGGAAGAAGACCCCCAAGAGUAAAGGGGCCAGCGUGCGCGCUGCCUCAGCUCUGCCCGCAACCAACGGUCCCCGACUGGCUUGUCCCAGGACUGCGCACCCGGGCCCCGACGCGCCGCUCAACCGGCCCCCGCAGGCCAACCGGCCUUCGCUCGGAAGCGGCAGCGACUUAUAUGACGUCGCCUUCAAGGUCAUGCUGGUCGGGGACUCCGGAGUGGGGAAGACCUGCCUGCUUGUACGCUUCAAGGAUGGCGCCUUCCUGGCGGGGACCUUCAUCUCCACUGUGGGCAUCGACUUCCGGAACAAAGUUCUGGACGUGGAUGGUGUGAAGGUGAAGCUGCAGAUCUGGGACACAGCUGGUCAGGAGCGGUUCCGCAGUGUCACCCAUGCCUAUUACCGGGAUGCUCAUGCACUGCUGCUGCUCUAUGAUGUCACCAGCAAGUCUUCCUUCGACAACAUCCAGGCCUGGCUGACAGAGAUCCAAGAGUACGCCCAGCACAAUGCGGUGCUCAUGCUGCUGGGGAACAAGGUGGACUCUGCCCAUGAGCAUGUGGUGAAGAGGGAAGAUGGAGAAAAGUUAGCCAAGCUGUUUGCAGGAGUAUGGGCUGCCCUUCAUGGAGACCAGCGCCAAGACGGGCCUCAAUGUGGACUUGGCCUUCACGGCCAUUGCAAAGGAGUUGAAGCAGCGCUCCAUGAAGGUUCCCAGUGAGCCCCGCUUCCGGCUGCAUGAUUAUGUUAAGAGGGAGGGCCGAGGGAAUUCCUGCUGCCAACCCUGAACCUGGCUGAGCUCAAUCCCUGUCUUGGAAGUCUGUGCAGGUCUACAGGCCCUUCUGACCUUGUCACCCAGCGGCCAACCCUAAGGUGUCUGUUUCUAGGACCUCAGGUCUAACUUUACUCCUCCCAGCAGCAGCCUUGAUAUUCAGUCCCCACAAGUAGGUUUUGGAGCAGCAGCAGGCCCACAGCCUCCCUUCACUGGCUGUGGCCUUAAUACCUUGCUCUCAAGGCCUGCAUGUUGAACGGGUCUUCUGCAUGAAGGAAGGAAAUGCCUCACCAAGUGCACAGACCUUGGUCCAGCACUCUGCUGCCCUCUCCUGGGCACACUCAGUUCUUUGGCUAGGCCACUGGCUGGGCUGGCACAUGUACCCCUUUGAAAAGCCAUGUCUUUACCUGCAGACACUGCUCAGGUAGGGAGAGGACUCCUGCCCACACCUGGGACAGAAGUCUGCAUCACUAAUAACAUCAUGUAUUUGUAUGCCCUGGGAGCCACCUGCUCCCAACUCACCGAUAUAAGGCUCUGGUUCACCAGUCUUCUCAUGUGACCCUGGAGGAUUACCUAAAGCUGUGUGCUACUGUGAAAAGCAUGUGGGCAGUCAUCCAAAUAUCAGGAAACUAGGAUUACCAGAGCAGCCUGCUGACCUGGAGAUGAGGUCCCAUUUACUCACAGCUGAAGUCUGUGUUUGCCAAGCAUGCUCCACCUUGCACUUGGUCUUUUGAUUGCAAGCCUUUGUUUUCAGUCCUAGUGAAUAAAAUUCUGUUUUCUAAAUUUUCUAUCUCAUCCAUUGAAAGAAAUGCCAGUCCUCCCCCAACCCAAGGCUGCUUCC